UAGGAGACCAGAUAUAGUGAACGCAGGGUCUGGGGAGACCAGAUAUAAUGAAUGCAGGGUCUGGGGAGAGCAGAUUUAGUGAAUGCAGAGUCCUGGGAGACCAGAUAUAGUGAAUGCAGGGUCCAGGGAGACCAGCUAUAGUUAAUGCAGGGUCCGGGGAGAGAAGAUAUAGUGAAUGCAGGGUCCGGGGAAAGUGGAUAUAUAGUAAAUGCAGGAUCCUGGGAGACCAGAUAUAGUGAAUGCAGGGUCUGGGGAGACCGGAUAUAGUGAAUGCAGGGUCCGGGAGAGCGGAUAUAGUGAAUGCAGGGUCCAGGGAGAUCAGAUAUAGUGAAUACAGAGUCCCGGGUUUAGUAAGACUGGCUCCCAGACUUGGAGAGCAUUUUGCGUGUGGUCAGUGUAGGGACAGAGGAUUUACUUUUUGC